AUGAACCUCCUCACCACCCUCUCCCUUCUCCUCCCUUUCACCCUCGCCCACCCAACCAACCCCCUAACCGCCGCCCUGGACAUUGCCCACGACGCCACCCAAUCCGCUGCCAAUAUCAUCUCCUCCACCCCAAAUAUCAUCACCUCCUCUGCGCCCUACAACCUCGUCUCCGACCUCUGCACCCCAACAGGCGCAAACUACUGCAACCUCGGCAUCGCCACGUACGCUCCUAACGGCCGGGUCCAGCUGCGCGAGACCUACGUCUACGAUCGCUCCUGUAGGGGAAUUGGGGCUCUGCCGCAGAGUCUCGAUACGGGCCAUUGGUCCCUGCAUUCGUUGCUGCCGUGGACGGUGGAAGUUGAUGUUAAGGGCGGUGGGAAUAAGCCGGAGGGCGAUGCUUGGUAUGCCGGACGGAAAAUCGAUUUGGGGAAGAAGAUGGCGUGUAAGGAUUGUGCGGGGGGCUUGAAGGAUUGGCAGUGUUGUAGGGUGGCGUUUGAUUGUCGGUAGAUGACUAUCUUAGGUUAGUGGCAACUAGCUGGAGGAGGAGAGGAGAGUGAUGAUGGUCUCUUUCGGGUUUGAAUGUUUUUGUCUUGUUUGCGGGAAUUGAUGAUUUUGGGUCAGUCAUGAAUUCGAUGAGAAGAU